AUGGCCUCAGCUUCUUUCACCCUCGUUUUUUUCUCAUUGCUAGUAAUCCCAUUUGCCGUUGUCCAAAUAGCAAUGGCGGGAGACCCAGACAUUAUUUCAGACUUCUUAAUCCCACCAAAUGUAACCACAUUUGAUGGAUCAUUCUUCACAUUCACUGGCAUGCGUGCCCUUGUGGGUGCACAGCCACCUUCAGCUCUCAAGGUCUCGAAAGUAAGCGCAGCUGAGUUCCCUGCUCUUAUAGGUCAGAGUGUCUCGUAUGCAGUUCUUCAAUUCCCGGCUGGCACUACUAAUCCACCUCACGUUCACCCUCGCUCAGCUGAACUCCUUUUCCUUGCGGAUGGUUCUCUUCAAGUAGGGUUUGUUGACACAACCAACAAGCUCUUCACACAGACUCUACAAGCUGGAGACAUGUUCAUAUUCCCCAAGGGGCUCGUCCACUUCCAAUACAACGCGGAUGCUCAGAAUACAGCUCUGGCAAUUUCUGCUUUUGGAAGUGCUAGUGCAGGGACCGUAUCACUUCCUACCACCCUUUUCGCCACGAGCAUUGACGAUAACAUCUUGGCCUUGGCCUUCAAGACUGAUGUUGCCACCAUUCAAGCUCUCAAGGCUGGUCUUGCACCCAAGAUUUGA